GAAGUGUGUCAUUUAUGUGUUGGGAUUUUCAAAUUGUGCGUGUAACCAGUACAAUGCCUUUAUAAUUUCUACAGCUGCUACCAAUCUUGGACUUCUAUUACCCAUUAAACAUUGCAAUAAUCUUCCUAUAUUUGCCCUCAAACCUCUUAUUUUAUAUUUUCUAAUCUUGUUUGCCAAAUAAUUUGCGUGUUAAAGAAAUAAAAUCAAGUUAAAAUGGCUACCAUUAUCAAACCGAAAAUUCCUGGUGCGUUCCCGAUUCCUUGCGGCGUUGCCCCCGGCACCUGCAUCCUAGUGAGGGGCAUGGUCCCACCCUGCGCGAAGAGGUUCGAGUUCAACUUGCAAUGCGGUCCGAAGUUGUACCCUGGCGAGGACAUCGCCUUCCACUUCAAUCCUCGCUUUGCCGAGAAGCAGUUGGUCCGCAACCACUAUGAAUGCUCCAAGUGGGGGCCCGAGGAGGUCAGCAACAACUCACCCAUCAAAGCAGGUGAUUGCCUCGAAGCCCGCAUAUGCUGCACUUGUGACUCAUACAAGGUGGAGGUAAAUGGGAAGGUUGUCUGCGAAUUCAAGCACCGCAUUCCGCCUGGCAAGGUGACACACAUUGGCAUCGAGGGUAACAUCAUAGUAGACAAGAUCGACUUCAAUGGAGGCAAACCGCCAGAGGAGCCCAAACUGCCAAUCCCUGUUAUAAUCCCUAUUACAAACGGUAUGUGCCCUGGCCGCAGGAUCAGAAUCAAUGGAAAGACCCCUCCUGGGGCUAAAAGGUUCCAUGUAGACGUCCAAUGUGGUCCGAAAGUGAAUGCUAAAGAAGACAUAGCCUUCCAUUUCCAUGUUCACUUUGCGGACAACAAAGUGGUUCGCAACCACUUCGCUGCUUCGAAAUGGGGGAAAGACGAGAGUGAUGGAGGCAUGCCGUUUAAAAUUGGGGACUAUUUCGAAAUAUUCAUACAUUGUUACCAAGAUAUUUACCGGGUGAGGGUGAAUGGGAAUCGUUUCUGCGACUUCAUCCACCGCAUCUCUUGUGACAAAGCGACCCACGUGGUGGUGGACGGAGACUGCGAGGUGUCCCAGAUCACCUUCGAUCCCUGUGAUGAGUCCGCGCCGCCCUGCUAACGAGGAGCCCAAGAUCCCUAUACAACACAGAAGAGAUGCUGGCAAUCUGCUUUACACAUAAUAAUUACAAUAUUACAUUAUUACAUAACUCCCGCAGUCCCACUCUAUUCUACCAACAGCCUAUAAGUGUCCACUGCUGACCAAAGCCUCUCACACGGAGAAGGUUUGAGCAUUGAUCACCACGCUUGCUCAAUGCGGGUUGGCGAUUUCAAACUUAUAAUUGGAAAUUAUCUGUUUAUGUUAUUAAAAAUAUUUUAUGUUUCA